GCCGCGCGAGCGGUUUAACAUGGCGGAGGACGCCGCCUCAGCGGCUGCGAGCCCGCGAGGGCGUGCGGACGGGGAGGAUGCUGGCUCCCCAGAGGAGCGGAUGGUGGAAACCGCAAGAGAUGAUCAGGAGCAGUUUGAGUGCCAGGAACUGCUCGAGUGCCAGGUGCAGCUGGGGGCCCCUGAGGAGGAAGAGGACGCGGACCUGGUGGCCGAGGCCGAGGCGGUAGCGGCCGGCUGGAUGCUCGAUUUCCUCUGCCUCUCGCUUUGCCGGGCCUUCCGUGACGGCCGCUGCGACGACUUCCACCGCACCCGCGACAGCGCUGAGGCUAUUAUUCAUGGACUGUCCAGUCUAACAGCUUAUCAACUGAGAACUAUAUACAUAUGUCAAUUUUUGACAAGAAUUGCAGCCGGAAAAACCCUUGAUGCACAGUUUGAAAGUGAUGAACGAAUUACACCCUUGGAAUCAGCCCUGAUAAUUUGGGCUUCAAUUGAAAAGGAACAUGACAAGCUUCAUGAAGAAAUACAGAAUUUAAUUAAAAUUCAGGCUAUAGCUGUCUGCAUGGAAAAUGGAAAUUUUAAAGAAGCAGAAGAGGUCUUUGAAAGAAUAUUUGGCGACCCAGAUUCUUCUACGCCUUUAAAAAGGAAAUUGCUUAUGAUAAUCUCUCAGAAAGAUACAUUCCAUUCCUUUUUUCAACACUUCAGCUACAACCACAUGAUGGAGAAAAUUAAGAGUUAUGUGAAUUAUGUGCUAAAUGAAAAAUCAUCAACCUUUCUAAUGAAGGCAGCAGCAAAAGUAGUGGAAAGUAAAAGAGCAAGAACAACAACUUCUCAAGAUAAACCUAAUGGUAAUGAUAUUGAAUUGGAAACUGAAGCUGAUUUGGGUAUAGGAAAAAGUGUUAGUGACAAACAGUCUGCGGUAACUGAAUCCUCAGGGGAUACAGUAUCCUUAUUGAGGUCUCACAAAAAUCUCUUCUUAUCUAAGUUGAAACAUGGAAACCGACAACAGGAUGAUAAUAAGAAAGAGGAAAGAGUGGAAACUCUUCAAAGUAAGUACACUUAUUUAUUUCUUAUUAAACUGAAUAAGAGGGAAAGAGGGAAGGGUUUACUUCUUACAGUGUGUCAGAUACUCCUUAAACAUUAUUUUAAGAGAUCACAAAAGAAAAAAGAGAACAGUAGGCGAGCCACUGAAAGCAAGAGAAUACGUGUUUUAAACAGUCAGCCUGUAACUCCCAAAAAACAUCGAUCUAGAAAAAAACAGGCGUGGCUUUGGGAAGAGGACAAGAAUCUGAGAUCUGGCGUGAGGAAAUACGGAGAGGGAAAUUGGUCUAAAAUACUAUCACAUUAUAAAUUCAACAACCGAACAAGCGUCAUGUUGAAAGACAGAUGGAGGACUAUGAAGAAGCUGAAGCUGAUCUGCUCGGACAGUGAAGACUGAGUGUGUUUGUAGAGCUCGAUGACAGUUAAACCUUUUUCAGCACUGCAUUUUAUUUGAAACUUGGUGGUCAUUAAUGUAGCUUAACAUUUUGUUUAAAGCAUUAAAGUAUUUUUUCUGUGGCACAGUCAUUUAAUGUGAGGAUUUGUGCUAUAAGAGCAAGAUUUUAUAGCAUCAUCAUAUUCUUUAAGAAUCUCUUUACAUUGAUAAAAAAAAAUUUUCUGAACCCUAGUGCUUUCAAUACUCCUACCUCCAAACCCUGUUCCAAUAAAAAAAUGAAAGCCUGGUAAGAGAAAAAAUAUAUUGCUGUUAACCUAUUCUGUAUCUGUGAGCCAGCUUCAACUCCAUGACACAUAAAAGUGAAGUUUAAAAAUCACUGAAUAGUAAUAGACCUUUGACAUAAGGGGUAGUGACUUGACUUAUGGCCUUAAUAUAUUAAUUGCUAAGACAUUUGCUUAUAGAAUGAUAAAUGUACAAAGUCAUCUGUGAGUUAUACUUAAAUUUUUCUUUCAGUAGUUUCAUACAAAGGAAAAAAGUUGAAAAUGGUAAUACCCAUAGGACAAAGUUUAUAUACUACUAAGAAUAGCUUAUGUCUCAUUUAGGUACAUUUGACUUUUGUUCUAGUGUUAAAACUUUGACAAAGAUGGUUUUAAAUUAAGCUUCUUUUAUAAUCUGGUGCCAUAACUAUCAAUUUCUCUGAUAUUUUCAUUUAAUUAGAUAAAUAUUGGGCCUAGAUGGUGUUCUGUAAAUGCUUAAAUUGGUUUUAACCAUGAUCAUUUUGAUGUCUUUGAUUAAUACUAAAUAAACAAGGUCAUUCAUACCUUAUUAGACAGUUGAGUUUUCACCAAUAUAUUCUUUAGAGGAUAUAGUCAAAAACUAGUAUUAUUUAACACUUUGAGUUAUGUAUGCUUUAUUUAACAAGUGUGUGAAAAUGUUUACCUAUUUGCAUAAAAAAUUAAAUGAUUAUUUUGUAAUCUAUUUCUUAUUAAAGUUUAUGCAUUACCUUCUCAUUGUUACUGAAGUCAUUGUCCUGUACGUAUAAUAAAUAGAAAUGUGGAUGUUUCCUGA